ACCAAAAUAGGAAACUCAUCAGCUUAUUAAAAAAGAAAAAAGUAACUAAAAGUGAGUGAAAAAAUGGUUGGUUCUAUGAGGAACUGUAAACGAAGUGGAGAAACAGCUGAAAUGGAACCUUCAUGCUCGAGCUUCUCAUUAUCAAAGCGAAGAAAAGCCGUUGGUCCUCGUGAAUUGAAAGAAUUGGAGCUAACUUCACCGGACAUCGAGCUCGAAAACCCUCGUUUCCUUUCAAAUUCGGAGAACCAGCCUAUUAACUUCGCCACUUUCUCGGAUUCUUGUGGAUUACAGGCCGGAGAUAUGUGUUCCGGACUCUUCUCAGGCGAUUCAUUGUUUUCUCGUUGUUCAAGCAAUGAGCCAUGUGAUAUUCUCAAGGAUAGCUUGAGAAUUGUAGAUCUAGAGGCGAAGAGUUCUGAAACUGAAAUCUCAACGUGCACCAACAUCAUCAAAUUCAGUAGAGAAACAACUCCCUUAAGCGAGCUUUGUGGAGGCUCAGACGAAAUGGAUUCGCCUGCGCAAAAGCCGUUUCCGUCACCAGAGAAGCCGCCGAAGAUGCCUUCGAAAGCCGAGAUCGACGAAUUCUUCUCCGUCGCCGAAAAGUACCAGCAAAAACGGUUUGCAGAGAAGUACAAUUAUGAUAUCGUCAAGGAUGUGCCUCUGAACGGUCGAUACCGUUGGCUUCGUCUACAGCCCUGAAGACAGAGAAAAGAGAGAAAAUGUUAAAGUCACGCA